AUGUCUACAACACGUCUAACCUUCCUAUAUCCCACCUUAUUUCGCGGGAUUCGAACUAGUGAGCCUAUUGCACCAAGAAUACGCAUACAAUCAGGACGAGCAACGCGCCCACGACGACCGAGACAAUUUGGCACAACGCAGAAAAGGGGGGAUGUGUUCGUGCAGAGACAUGGGAAAGCUGUAGAGCCUUUUCUGAAAGAGGGUGAAAUUGAGAGUGAUGUGAAGGUUUUCCUGCCAGAGGAGGAGGUCAAAGAAGAGGAAGAAGUGGUUAAAAAGGAUACGAAGGACGUGAAAGUGGAAAAGGAGUCACAGAAAGUCAAUAAUGCCAAAGACAAUGAUCGGAAGACAGCAAAGGGUGUUUCUUCUGCAGCGCCAUUAUCAGAAGAGACGCAAGCUGCUUCGAUCAUAGCUGGAGAUCCUGGGGUUACGGCGAGAUCUAGUACCACUCAAGGUCCGGAACCAUUGACACCCCGCCAACAAGCUACUGUCAAUACUAGUAAAAUGGCACCUCUAGAAACGGUAUUACAUAUGCCACCGCCUGACUCUGCGGAAGCUCAAGAUUCACUCAAGCCACCACAUUUACAAACCCCGCCUUACGUUCAUCAUUUCGACACAUAUGCUUUGGUACAGCAGGUUCAGGGAGGGGGCUUCACAAAGGAUCAGAGCAUUACUUCCAUGAAGGCAGUGAGGGAAUUAUUAGCAAUCAACUUGGAUGUAGCAAAGGAAGGAUUGGUUAGCAAAAGCGAUGUUGAGAACGAGACCUACCUAUUCCGCGCAGCAUGUUCCGAAUUAAAAGCCGAAAUACAAAAUAAUCGCAAGGCAAACGAGGAGAAAAUGCGCAGGGAACGUACACUACUCCAACACGAAGUAGAGAUUCUCAAUCAAAAACUCACUCAAGAAUUGCUCACGCUGAGGGAUGAUUUGAAAGGAAUGUUCGAUGACCGCAAGAUGACUGUACGACAAGAACAGCGCACCAUGGAAACCGGAAUACAAGAAUUAAACUAUAAAAUCACCGUAAUGCUCAACAGCGACGUAAAAUCCGAAAUCGAAGGUCUUCGCUGGGUUCUAACCCGAAGAUCAGUAAUGGGCAUCCUGUUCAUGGCAUUUAUGGUAUUAACUAGCUUGAGAUUUGCAAGUUACAAGGCGCAUGAACAUGAGGAGUGGAGGAGAAAGGAAGCGGAGGGCCAUGCGAAACAUGAUGAGAUUGUUUAUGAUAUGCCUUCGCAGGGGGCGGCGGAGAUACUGGCUGCUAAUUGA